AUGAAGCAUCCUUUUUGGGAGAGAGCCUGGAAGCCGUCUCUUAAUAUCAGACUGUCCGAUCACAUCAAAUGUAAGUAUGAAUGAUUGAGAGGGUCUACUCAGCCAUGCAGUUUCUUGGUAUGGAACAGGGACAAUCGUUGAGGAAGAGACAGAGGGCCGAUAUUCCAUAUAAAGGCCUAUACGGGGAGGCUCUGCCCGAAAAGGGUGACUGUUGCAGACUUCACGCAUUUAGAAAGGAGGGGGAUUUUAGUUAAAGUUUAUGAAAGGGUUGUGGAAUCUGUCAUUUAGAUAUUUAAAAGGGCCUUUAAUGAAAAUAUUUCGAACAGAUGGAUCCUAAAUUAUAUAUUAAGGGGUGAGGGGUUGGACCUUUGGGACAAACCCACUCGUAUGGAACUUUGCCCCUACCCCAGGUAAGGAUAACCUCGUAAUCCUUAUCCUCGUAAGGUGUCUUAAUGGCUACCUGUAAGCAGUGUAUGUAUGCAUUGUAUGUAUGUAAAUGUAGAUCAAUUGAGUUCAACACGGCUGUAGCAUGACGUUUGAAAAGGGUCUUACUUUGCCUUUUUCGUUUUCAGCCGUUAUAUUUCUCCAAAGUUUCAACCAUAACUUUGGUUAAACCCUUUUUUCGAAACAUCAAAGCAAUAUUAAAGCUUCUUUCCAACAAUUGAACGCACAUUAUUAACUGGGAAAACUAUCCUUUGACCCUUUUUUUAGUUUCAAAACACCAAUACAGUGGAAAGCGCGAUGAUGAAUACAAUGUUCCUUACAAGAUCAUCAAGCUCUUCAGGGGAGGAAAGUUCGACAAAAACUAUAACAACAACAAGAAGUACUCUCGUACGCAUACGUUCAGAAUACCUGCAGAAACAGAACGCGUCAAACUUGUAGCGACAAUCACCGGCCACGGCAGCGAUAAUAAUGGCUGUGCAGAAUUCUGCGUGACGUCGCAUCACUUUAUCGUCAAUGGUCAUUCAAAUGACAGAGUGUUCAAAAACGCGGCCACGGCCAUGGGGUGUGCUAACAGAGUCAGCGAAGGCGCCGUGCCGAACGAGCACGGUACGUGGCUUUACGGGCGGGACGGCUGGUGCUGCGGAAUGGAUGUGGUGCCAUGGGUGGUAGAUAUCACCGAUCAAGUUGAAAUUGGAGGAAGAGAAAACAAAGUGAGAUACGUCGGUUUGUUUAAUGGUAAAAACCCUAAUCCUACCAGAGAUCCGGGAAGUAUCGAGCUGAGGUCAUAUUUGGUAUAUUACAAA